AUGACUGAUAUCCGCCGUCUGACAAUCCUUGCUUCAGUGUUGCCAGCGUUCGGCCAGGAGCUCAUGGCCGGCUCUGAUUUCCUGGAUACAAUUUCGGAAGCAUACAAGUCAAAAGGUACCCGGGAAGAGUUUCGCAAGAUUCUUGUUGCCAACAUUUACGUCGGGCUUGUCUCUUUAUUGAAGGAUCCCGUGAAUCUGUCUUCGUUUUUGGAUCAGCUGUUUAGCCUCAAAGCCGCUGCUCGAGUAGGAGCACCGAAAAUGAAGAAGGAAGCGACUCUACUCUCAGAUAUCAUCUGCAGCUCGGACUUGCUUAUUCGGCUGGAGAAGUAUCUGAGCACUCACCCCCAGAAACGGGGCCAGGACCUCCUUGCCAGCUUGCGCACCUAUCAGGUUGAAUCGAAGUCGCUACACCAUCGGUAUCAAAGACGUAAGAAAGUGGACAAAGGAAAACAGGUAUCCUCGGAUCCGAUCGUUUCAGGAGAACUUCACGCACACAGGAUGUCACUUGUCACUCAAGUGCAAGACCUCUUCCCCGAUCUUGGCUCAGCUUUUGUUGUACGGCUACUGGACUUCUAUAACAACAACCCCGAGACUGUCGUCACCCACCUUCUCGACGACUCACUUCCUUCAGAGCUCCAGGCUUUAGAUCGAUCCGUGCAACUGCCUCCCCCAGCAGAGCCUCACCAUAGCCACCUCGCACCCCAGCCAACGCCCCCCGCCAUGCCAUUCCCUAAAUUCGUACCACUCCCGACCCGUAAGAAUAUUUUCGACAAAGACGUGGACAUCGCCGAACUAAGCCGUUCCGGCGAAGCGCAAGGCAAGCUCCACUUCGGCCGUGCCGACGCAGACCAAACAGCCGACACAAUCCUCGCAGACCACAGCAAACACGCCGCAAACAAAGCAGCAAUUCUCUCCGCCCUGGCGACAUUUGACUCAGAUGAUGACGAGCGCGACGAUACCUACGACACGGCUGACGUAGGCGGUGCCAUCGAUGGAGCCACAGGUGGCGCCGACGGCGAAGCCGACCCAGCCGAGCGCAACCGCCGCACAGCAGAUAUCGAAACAAUCCUCUUCCGGACAUACAAGUCCAAUCCAGGACUUUUCGCCCGCGACUCAGCGACCCGCCGCUCUCAACCCCGCGCGUCGCUGAAGCGCGAGACUGAAAUGACCGAUGAGGCUAUUGAGGGCUGGGCUGUCAUGCUAACGCGUGAUCCCAAGCGUCUCGCUAAACUCGAAGACCGGCUGGCUUUGGAUGCUGGCGGGUCGGCUAGUGCUGGGCCACUUAACCAGCCCGAGUUGCGUGCUACGUCUUACAGGAAGCCGCAGCCUCGUGAGGAUGGGGAGAAUGGUUCUGACGAAGGGGAGACCUCUGGUCAUGCUGGCUCGCGUGGUAGAGGAGGCGGUGGACGCGGUGGACGAGGGCGGGGUGGCGGCGGACGUGGGCGUGGAGGCCGUGGUGGUGGUCCUCCGUCUGGUGGCCAGGGGCAGCCAGAUAAGGAUAGUGCGGUGUCGCGACAGAGGAAGGAAGAAAAUAAGGGUAGUCGGGCAAAUCACAACCGUCGACAGCAGCACGCGAAGAAAAUGGCGCGUGGCGGUGGGUUUCCUGGCUAA